GGAACAACUGCUGAGGCUUGACUUGCUGCCUGCUUUACCUGCUCCUUCCCAGACAGAGGAAGCACCUGCCAUCCACUGCCAGGUUGGGUGUAGGAGGGAUGCUUGAAGAUGGAAAGAAAUUCGAUUCCUCCCGGGACAGAAACAAGCCCUUUAAGUUUGUGCUGGGUAAGCAGGAGGUGAUCCGAGGCUGGGAAGAAGGGGUUGCCCAGAUGAGUGUGGGUCAGAGAGCCAAGCUGACUAUCUCCCCAGACUAUGCCUAUGGCGCCACUGGGCACCCAGGCAUCAUCCCACCAAAUGCCACUCUCGUCUUUGAUGUGGAGCUUCUAAAACUGGAAUGACAGGAAUGGCCUCCUCCCUGAUCUCCCCAUUCUUGGUUUCUGCAGCUCCCUCAUCCAUACAGUCUGUGGUUACUGCCUGUUAGAGGAUAUGAGAGAGGCAUUACCACCUGGGCCACCUGCCUCGGGGAGCAAGCCCAGGACACACGAGGACAGACAGCAGGCCAGCUUGUUAUCAGUGGGUUGAAAGGUGAGGCCUAAGGAUGCUUAUGAAGUGUAAAGGAUGCUCUCAGUCUACGAGAGGCUCUUAGGGACCUAAGCCUUUCUAUGCAACAGGUGAGGAGACUGAGGCCCAGAGAGAGAGAGGUCUUACUCAAGGUCACAUCCAGACAGUGGCAAAUUAGGACAGAACCCUUUUCUGCAUCUCCUUCCUGGACCUUUUUUUCCUUCCUCUACCCUCAUUUCUAGGCAACCAAACUCAAUAUCCUAAUGGCGUCUAACUUUUCAUGUGGGUAUUAGAAUCAUAAAACACAUGAAUGUCUGUCAUCUUCUUUCCACAUGGCCCCAGACCUCUGCAUUUGCUCCCCUCCCGCCCCUGGAACCAGAGGGUCACAGCCAGGGGCUGGGUGAGAAUGCUUUUGUUUGAAAAUGGUAGCAAGUGGCAGCCAGCCUGUUAUGGAGUACCUUUGUCCUACUAUGGACUUUUUAAAAUAGAGGAGCCUUUUUUAUCAUUAGCUAUUUCCUCCCAGUGGUUUGAUCCCUAAACACCUGGGUCAUCCAGGCCUGGUCAGGUUUGAGGACGCUGGCUGCUCCACUUGUCAUUCCUGCCGGGAGGGAAUUCUGACACUUUAUAGAGCCUCUCUCUGCCCAGAGGUCUACACCUAGUCCUCACCCUGGAAAGCUGAGUCCUUUGAACAUAAUGUACUUGAGGAAGCCUUGGAGUUACCCUGAUUUGGGAACAGGCUUUCUGGAAAUCUGGAAGGACAGAGGAAGGGGAGAAAGAGGGGAGAGAGGGCUGAAUGGCUAUGAGUCACCCUGGCCUAAGCCUCCCCACACACUGCCAAAGCACAGCUCAGAGCUUCUCGAAAGGGUCUUGAGGGAAAGCCCAAGGGCAAACCCAGAAAGUUACAGGUUCGAGUGAGUGAAUGAAGACUGCAGACAUUUUCUCGGUCUGUUCAACAUGAGGAAAACCAGCUUCGGGCUGUGCACAUUAAAGCCCCUGGGAAGCUUUAAAGACUCUCUUGAUGCUCAGGCUACCCCCCAGACCAGUUAACCGCCACCACUGGGAGUGGGGUCCAAGUGUUCAGGUUUUUUAAAGCCCCCAGGUGAUUCCUAUAUGCAGCCAGGUUGGAGACUCAUUGAUAAUGGGAAACUGUAUUGUCAGCUGCAUUGGUGGACUUUGCCUCUCCUGCUAUCCUCAGCAACAGAAAUGUGACCUUAGGUUUAAAAAAACACAACCAAGGUGAGCAGAAAGAGGCUGCUCACCUGGAAAUCCAGCCCGAGCCCAGUGGGCCCUCCCCAGCUGGAGCAGAAGGGGCGAGGGCCAAGUCAGACCUCACAGCUGUUAGGGAAGGGACUUGGUGUGGCAGCAGCCUGUGGCUGUCCCUACUGCACCCAAAAAGCACUGAGUUGCUGGAACUCACCAACUUUCUGUCC